AUGUCUAAAGUCGAUAUUUUUUUAUUUAUUAGUAUAUUUUACUUUUUGUCUGGCGUUAAUGCCUACACUCCACUCCCCGGGGUAUAUUGGUAUUCUUAUGUUCUCGCCGACACUAAGCUUUAUUUCAAAACUGAAGAAUCUUCCAACCAGUUAUUUUACCUUGACGUUUCCAAACCGUUCAAUACAACAGAUGCCUCAAGUAUUCCUUGGGCUGAUAUUACACUAAAUAGCAUUCCUAUAAGAGACAGGGACGCCGCUUGUGCAGGUGGGAUCAACAAUAGUUCAAUUUUUCUGUUCGGUGGAAAUAUGGACGAAUCUGAUCCGUAUGGUCUCGUUGCUCAGUACGAUAUCAUUCAACAACAGUGGAAGAAACCUACAAUCUCAGGAAUCGUUCCAAAUAAUAAACCAAAUUCUCUCCCUUGUACAAGCACGAAGGAUGGGUCGAUAUAUAUAUUUUCAACUGAUGGAACAACGUCCGUAUCUGAAAUGAAUAUUUUGAAUACUAUAUCCUUAACUUGGUCUUCUGGAUCGAUAGUCAACGCACCCCUGCGGGCGGGCGUUGCUGGAUUCACUGCGACACUUUUACCUGAUGAUACUAUUUUAUAUAUUGGAGGAGAAGAUACUUCAGGGGAUAUGGUGUCAUGGGACAAGAAUAAAAGAAACAUUGUAUUAUUAUUGUUUGCCAAAUGUUCUGAAAAAAUGAUUCCUCAUUCGUGA